UAUUUGGACGUCAGGCGACAAUUUCUCCCACGCUCAAGCACUAUAUAAACUGAACACUGCCCCAACUACUGGCAUCAGAUUAUUGUCGAAAUUACCGUCACUACUACAACAGCUAGGCUCAGCUCAUUCGCAGUUAAUCGGACACAGACCAGUACCGUUUACGUUGGCAGUACAUUUAACGACUCGGUUCUACUGCGUAUCCAACUGAGACCACAGGAUGAUUGUCAGAGUGGUAGUAAUUGCGCUGUGCUUUGCAAGCCUUGUGUCUUCGCGGGCCCAAGGACCACCCCUCAGCGAAAAACUCCAGAGCAGAGUGAAGAGAAAUGAAGUGAGCGAGGUUCCACUCCCCCCUGGCGGUAACCCACCCCCACUCCCAGAGAUUACCUCAUUGGGGUACAGAUGCCCGUUUCCUCCAAAUGAAGAUGGCAGAUGGCCCGAGUUCUGUUAUGAUGUCAUUGGCGAGCAGUGUGAAUGCAAAGCUGAUGACGUCAUAUUUGGCCUUCGUCAAUGUGUGACGGAUCAUGGAUACCUGGCAAUUCUUCAGUGCCAAUCGGAGGGCCUCAAAAUUCGAAAAGAAAUGCAGACAACAACUACAACGGAGUCUACAACUCAAGCCUGAUUGAAUACAGAAGAUUUCGUCGUUUAAAAGGACAGGGACUGUAUUAAGAAGAAAAACAAAUGCAACCAGGAUCGAAAGAUUAACAUUGAGGACUUCUUUGCGUUAAUAAAAUAUUCUCAUUUGUCUAACUUCAGAUAAACAUUCUAAAAAAACAUA